CCCGCCCCCUCCGCCAUGCGGCUCCGGGUCCCGCCGGGCGCUCCCGCCGCCCUCAAGGUGCUGGCGGCCGCCGCCGCCGCCCCCGCGCCCGUCCCGCCGCUCCUGGGCGUGCCCGCAGAGCGGCCGAGCGCCCCGCCGGUGCCCGGGCAGGAGCAGCAGCUGCAGCUGGAGCUGGACAGCGGCACCGUCCUGUUCUCUGCCAACGCCAUCUGCCAGUACUUCUACCUGUGCCGUGGGGAGGAGCCCACCGACCUCACCACGCAGUGGUUGGAAUGGGAGGCCACGGAGCUGCAGCCGGCGGUGGCCGCGGCGCUGUACCUGCGGCUGGUGCAGGGCCGGGCGGGGCCCGAUGCUCUGGGGGUGCUGCGGCCCCUCCUGACCCACCUGGAGCAGCACCUGGCGCGGAGCGGCACCUCCCACCUGGCGGGGGAUGCCGCCUCGGUGGCCGACGUGGUGGUGUGGGGCAGCCUGUUCCCGGUGCUGCAGGACGAGACCAGUGUUCCCAGUGAGCUGCAGGUGCUGCGCUCCUGGUUCAGCGCCGUGUCCGCGUGGGAGCCGUGCCGUGCCGCGGCCGCGCUGCUGCCGGAGGCGCUGCGGGAGCUGCAAACCCACCUGGCCCAGCGCCCCCCGGCCCUGCCCGCCCCCAAACACCUGCCCCAGGUGUGCCCAGGGGGGCAGGUGGGCACAGCCCCCCUGCCCCAGAGCCCGCAGGACGAGGAGAGCCCCGAGCGGGCGCUGAGCGACGCCGACAUCGCGGCCGCCGCCGAGCUCUGGGCGCGGGGCCCCGCGGCGCUGCCGCCGCCCCGGCAGCCGGCCACACCUGUGUUACCUGUGGAGGGCGAGAGGAACGUGCUGAUCACCAGCGCGCUGCCCUACGUCAACAACGUCCCGCACCUGGGCAACAUCAUCGGCUGCGUGCUCAGCGCCGACACCUUCGCCAGGUACAGCCGGCUGCGGGGCUGGAACACGCUGUUCGUGUGCGGCACGGACGAGUACGGCACGGCCACGGAGACGCGGGCGCUGCAGGAGGGGCUGAGCCCGCGGCAGCUCUGCGACCGCUACCACGCGCUGCACGCCGACGUCUACACCUGGUUCCGCAUCGCCUUCGACCACUUCGGCCGCACCACCACGCCCCAGCAGACCAGGAUCGCCCAGGACAUCUUCCAGCGGCUGCUGGCGCGCGGCUUCCUGCUGCAGGACACGCUGGAGCAGCUCAGGUGUGAGAGCUGCGGGCGUUACCUGGCCGACCGCUUCGUGGAGGGCACCUGCCCCUCCUGCGGCUACGCCGAGGCCCGCGGGGACCAGUGCGACAAGUGCGGGAAGCUGAUCAACGCCGUGGAGCUGCGGAACCCCCAGUGCAAGCUCUGCCGCGGCACCCCGGUGGUGACGCCCACCCAGCACCUCUUCCUGGACCUGCCCAAGCUGGAGGGGCGGCUGCAGGCGUGGCUGGAGCGCACCUGGGACACCUGGACGGCCAACGCGCGGCACAUCACGCGCACCUGGCUGCGCGACGGGCUCAAGCCGCGCUGCAUCACCCGCGACCUCACCUGGGGCACCCCCGUGCCCCUCGACGGCUUCCGGGACAAGGUGUUCUACGUGUGGUUCGACGCUCCCAUCGGGUACCUGUCCAUCACGGCCACCUACACGGAGCAGUGGGAGCGGUGGUGGAAGAACCCCCAGCAGGUGGAGCUCUACAACUUCAUGGCCAAGGACAACGUCCCCUUCCACAGCGUCGUGUUCCCCUGCUCGCUGCUGGGCGCCGAGGACAACUACACCCUGGUGAGCCACCUCAUCGCCACAGAGUACCUGAACUACGAGGACGGGAAGUUCUCCAAGAGCCGCGGCGUGGGCGUGUUCGGGGACAUGGCCAAGGACACCGGGAUCCCGGCCGACGUCUGGCGCUUCUACCUGCUCUACCUGCGGCCCGAGGGCCAGGACAGCGCCUUCUCCUGGAGCGACCUCAUGCUCAAGAACAACUCCGAGCUGCUCAACAACCUGGGCAACUUCAUCAACAGGGCCGGCAUGUUCGUGUGCAAGUUCUUCGGGGGCGCUGUUCCCGCCAUGGCGCUGACGGCCGAGGACCGGCGGCUCCUGGCCCGGGUCACGCUGGAGAUGCGCCAGUACCACCAGCUGAUGGAGAGAGUCCACCUCCGCGACGCGCUCAGGUGUGUGCUCAGCAUCUCCCGCCACGGCAACCAGUACAUCCAGGUGAACGAGCCCUGGAAGCGCAUCAAGGGCGACCAGGGGGACAGGCAGCGCGCAGGGACGGUGACCGGCGUGGCGGUGAACGUGGCGGCCGCUCUGGCCGCGCUGCUCCAGCCCUUCGUGCCCGGGGUCAGCGAAGCCAUCCAGGCCCAGCUCCGCAUCCCCCCGGAGCGCUGCGGCCUCGGGCCCGGCCUCACCUGCACCCUGCCCGCCGGGCACCGCGUUGGCACGGUGAGCCCCCUGUUCCAGAAGCUGGAGCCUGAGCAGGUGGAAGCUCUGCGCCAGCGCUUUGGGGGUGGGCAGGCCAAACAGCCGCCCCCAGCCUCAGCCCCCCACACUCCUGCAGCUCCAGGUGACCCCAAACUGAUCCAGGAGCUGACGGAGCAGGUGGCCAAGCAGGGCAACCUGGUGAGGCAGCUGAAGGCUGCCCAGGUGGAGAAGGCCCAGGUGGACACUCAGGUGGCCAAACUGCUGGAGCUGAAGCAGCAGCUGGCGCUGGCCGAGGGCCGCAGCCCCGAGGUCCCCAAGGGCAAGAGGAAGAAGUAGCCGCAGUUCCCAGCCUGGGACACGGCCCCAGUGCCCCCAGUAACCAAACUGGGCCGUGCUGGGUGUGGCUACACGCGUGUAAUAAACGAAAAGAGCUGUACAGUGCGUGGAGAAACUGC